AUGCGUACUCGUUUCAUCAGCACCGAUUUCUUCAACCCCGCCCCAAUCGAAACCCUAGAUUUCCACCAUUUCUCUCCGCCACACCUUCCUCCGUCGUCCGUCUCAAAUGCCGAAGACAUUUGGAGUUGCUUUGAUGCCCUCUCUCUUCACAGCUGCUAUUCAUAUGAUAUCGAGAAAUUACCGAUCGAAACCUCCCUCACGAAGUUCUUGUCCGAUGUUCUACCCGAAUUUAUCGAUGUUCCAAUCGGAGAGUUGGCGCUUGGCGAUUCUUCCGGUGGAACAGCUUGCUCUUCUGAGCCGAGGCAUUCGCUUGAGAUUGACGCUUCGCUGGAAAAGAAUGAGAUACUUUCUGAUAAUCCGGGAAUAAAUAACCCAGGAUAUGAUAUGCAGUUAGUUCAGGGAAAAGCUACGAGAUUUUCUGAUGUUGAGGGCAUUGCUGGUAUCAACAUCAUCCAUUUCGAAGCUCCAGAGAUCCAUUCCUUCUGUGGAAUGAAUGAUCUUCAUUGUCAAAGGAUGGAUGGAAAUAUCAUCUCUGGGAUUCCCGAAGUUGCUUUUGAAAUGGACGUGCCCAGUCUUGAACUCAGGAUGCAGGACUUUCGUGAAAUUCAGCAUGCUGUAUAUUCAGUUAAUAGCAUCUCGACAGAAAAAUUUCAGAAACAGAAGGUUGAUCUAUUGGAAGGUUAUAGUAUUGCUCGGGAACAACUUGAUUCUUCCAGUUAUUCAUUUCCUGUUUUUGAAAUUGACGAGGAAAGUCUGGGUAUCACCAAUGACAUAUCAGUAAGGGAUGAACUUAAAACUUUUGAAAAUAUUGAGUAUGAAACCUGGGUGCAAGAAAAUCAAGUGCCAAGUGGUUAUGAGGAGCUUAUGGACUAUAAAGAAUUUGACUUACUAAUGCAUCUGUCAAAUCAUUGUCUGGCUGUACAGUACCCCAGAGUGGAGGUAAUAUGCUCAAGUUGUGAACAAGAACUUGAUUUUAUUAGUGGGUGUGAAGAUUCCGACAUAUGUCAAAUAUUAUUAUUCCAUCAGGGAGUUUCCUGGGAUGCAGCAAAUCAUCCAAUGAACAUAAUCCUAUUUGAGGAAUUUCAAUUCACUGGUAUGGAGCUGUAUAAUUUUAUUGAAGUCUUACAUGGUUUGGGGAAAGUGUUUACAAUAAAAGGUUGCGGCCCAAUGUUAAGUGAAGGAAUAAAUUUCAAGAGCUUUGAUGACUUAAUUGUUAGUAAUGAGCUUAUUCUAGUCGAUGAUUCCUUCAAGUCGUUUCCUGUGCCCAUUAUUUCAAACAGCCAAAGGAAUUGGUCCCUACAUUCUUUGAGUGAAAAGAUGUUCUCCGUGUUGGAACCAGAGUCUUCCUCUGCAUUUGAUGGUCUGUAUCUGGACUGGUAUGUUUUAGAGAAAGAUAGGUGUGAUAUGUAUUCUUCCUGUCAGCGAAUGUUAGAAGGGAUAGACACAUACACUAUCGAUUCCACUUUAAGCAAGUAUGACAACAGGAUGCUUGUAUUCAAAUUUCUCCUCUCAAGUGAUUGUUCUAAUGAGCCAAACUUUGUUGGAGAGAAGGAAAUAUCCCAAAUACUUGUGGAACGAAUUUCAGUGCCAUCAGUUUGCCUCUCUGAAGUAACUCAAACGAUGGGGAAUGAUAAAUGCAGCCUGGAAGCAAAUGAAAAAAUCUUAUCUGAAAUUGGUGCUGCAAAGAUCCAAGUACCUGUUGAUUCCGUUGGCAAAUUUGCCAAGAUUGAUAACCAUUUGAAUCAAGUGGAGUGCGGUGUAAAAACAUGCAAGUCUUCUGGAUGGUCAAUUGGUUGGAAUACUGCAUCAACUGCAGUUUUUUCUGCUGAUUCUGUUCCUGCCUGUGCUGGCUCUCAAUUGCAGCAAUGGAAUAUUAAGAUACUUCGGGUGGAGUUAUCACACGAGUUCCUUAUACUGAUUGAGAAUUUCCGAAAAAGUUAUAUGGACAUCCUACAAAGUGACGCUAUAUUAUUGAAGACCCUUAACUGCUAUCAUGAUUUUGAUGGCAUUUCUUGUCUUCGCCUUAAGAAGGAAGAGAUAAUUGGCCACAUUGAGAAGAUAAGUGCACCAGGAACUUCAAAGGCUCUUUCUAAUGACAACAUAAUCUCAAUGGUUGCUCUUUGCGCAAUCAAACAGAUGGCUUGGUACCUGUGCUACUAUGGUUUGCAUCCUAGUCAACUAUACAUAGACAAGUUGUUAAGUAGCUUGCAGUGCUUAAAUUCUAAAUUAAGCUUCCUCAAGAUUAUGGUUGAAGAUAUGAGCAGAAAGGCUGAAAAGGAGAUAACAAGAUUUCAUCCUUCUCUUUCUGUUAUUCAAGAAAUGUUGGGGUCCACUUUCACUGAGAUCUGUGAAAAAGUGUUGAUAGUCGCAGAUCCUAUUGCUUGGUGGCCAUUAAAGAAACUGAUGAAUUUAAUGGGCCUAUCUUAUCAAGAAUUACAAACUUGCAGGGAAAAUAAGGACGGAGUCCAAGAGUUUUCUGAUGCUGCAACUGUUAUGUUCCAUUCAGAUUGCUGUUUAGUUUCUCACGAGUACCUUUCUGCAUCAUUUCCGUUUGACAAAUUUGGCAUUAUCUUGGAAUAUGGUGGUUGCCACAAAUUAUCUAGAGUUUGUAACAUCUCUGUGAGACAAGAUGGUUGUCCUCAGCUCUAUUUCAUCAAAGUAGAACUGGAGGACUGGGGAGCUCCUAAAGCAUUUUGUGAAGGUGUUGACAUGCCAAAGCUCCCUGCAUUUUCGGAGGGGGGUGAUCCUUAUAUUACCUCUGUGCUGAAUCCGAGCGACAGCAAGAUGGUGGAACUGUUAAAUUUUAUCCCUGUUGAGGGGAACUGCGAGAGAUCCCCAAAGGGAGCUGUAGUGGAGGGUCUAGACUGCUUUGUGAAGCAUUCACAGCCUGUGUCAUUGGGUAUGGAAUCAGACCAAAUUGACAUGAACAAUACAUCGUCCCCUGGCAUAGUCAUUGUUGUUAACACUAGAAACUUUGAUAAAGAAAUGAUAAUUUCAAGAAGAAGCACAUACCAGAAGAUUCUGGCGCUGGAGAAAGGAGGAGCACAUAUUGUAGAACGUGAUCUUAGUUUACCUGUCGAUUUGGUAGUUGGUGCUGCACAAUGUCUUGCAUGGUAUGACUUAAAGAACAUUGGAAAGAAAGCUUCUGCUUCUGAUGAGGCCUUUUCAUGCUUAGCUUUAUGUGUAGAGAAUAUCGCGGCCAGCACUUUAACAUCCCUCAGUUAUGCGUUCAGCAGCUGCAUCCUGAUCUUUGAGGGGGAAAAGAACUUUCUGGCUGGUGUGGUGGAAUCAUCACAUGAACUCUAUGCUGCUGCAGCUAGUCUGGGAAUUGACUUUCAGAUAUUCUUCUCAUAUUCUUCUGCAAUGACAGAUGAAAUUGUGCUAUCCUCCAUUAGAUCUGUAACAAAGCUUACCAGAGGUCUGUAUCCCACAAUGCCAGACUCUGAAAGUUUAGCAGAAUCUUUUUUGACUGCUUUUCCUUCUAUAAAUCCACUCUCAGCUCAAUGCUUAUUGUCUUCUGGAAGCACACUUGUUGAAUUUCUAGAAUGGCCACCUGAUCGGAGAAUGCAUUUUGCUCAGAAAUAUAAGAUUCCCGAUGAAAGUAUUGCUCUUCUUGAUCUUUUGUGGCGAUAUGGGGAACGGGAGGAUUCUAAAUCUGGAAUGACAGAUAACUCCUCAUCAGCAUCAUAUACUUCUGACAGAUUUCAGCCGAAAAGUGACUCUGAAGCAAGGAAAAGGAAAUACAUUGAUGAUCUCCCAAACAUUGAUGUGAAUAUAAACGAGUUCUCACAGUUUGAGCCCCUUUCAGUAUUUCCAGAUGCUAGAUUAAGUCCUCCUAGGGGAUGUCCCCCUUUAAAUUCUUGGAUGCCUGAGAAUUCUGAUAUCGAACAGUUUAAGAAUCCUGGUUUAUCCUCAGAGAUCAAGAUGUUACGUCAAAGCAGAAACCAUGAGGCAAACAUGAGGGUGGAUCCAUCGAAAUUUUCAUUUUCUGGUAUUGACAUCGUUGAUGUUCCUAUGUGGAAAGAGAGCAAACCAGUGGAAGCUUGGAAUAGUUCACAUUUUUCUGGAAACCGGGCCGUGGAUAUGGCUAAAUGGAAGAAAACACAUUGGUGUAAUCACAUGAUUUCUGGAAACCUACUUGAUGAUUUGACAGGUGAAGUUAUUGAUACUGAUGUAUGUGCAGCAUUUGGAAAAGAUGUGCCAACCUUGAAGUCUAUGAAUAUUUCGCGUAAUGAAGCCGAGGAUAACUUAGCAUUAGGGGCUUCUAGAACUGUGAACAGAGUAUCAUUUGGAGCAACAAGCUUGGCUUCUUUACCAACACCUGGUGACAUUGAUUCCAAGUACAAUGCUUGUUCUCCUAAGAGUAUAAUCGAAAGCAGCUCAAGGAAACUAAACACGGGUGGCCUGGGUUCCUAUUUUAACAACUCUGAGUUUCUUUCUAAGCAACCAAAGGGGAUAUUGCACAAUGAUGAACUACAGAAAACUGGGGUAAAUUCUUCUUACAAGCCACCAGAGAAAAUGGACGGAGAUCAUUUUGGUGGGACGCCUCUCUGGAAUGCUAUUCACUCAAGUGGUUGUCAACAGCCCCGCGAGUCCCCUUGGACUAUUGAAUUCCUCAAUAAAAUCAAGGAAAAAAGUAGAAAACGUCAACAAUCUCUCCCCUGUGGCUUAUCUCCUCCGUUUGGGCCCUCUAGGAACAAAUCAAAUGCCAAUAAGAGAAAAAGUCCCUCUAUUCUUGAGUAUUUUAAGUACCAAAGGGAUGGUAUCUCAAAGAAAUCAAAUAACCAUAAGAGACAAAAGCAUUCUGGAAAACCAACCCGUUUCUAUAAUAAUCAGAAAGCACCUGAUUCAGUUCUUCCUACAUGGACGCCAGUUGACAAAAGAGCUAAAAGGACUCUAUCUUUCACAACGAUGGGAAGUGGAGGCCAGAGUAAGCUUAUUUGGAGUAACAAAGACUCUCAACCUUUCCGUGGUUGCAAGUAUUGA